AUGGAAUAUUCAUCGGAAAAACUAUUCAAAUUCGGUGAGGCCAUUGAAUUUGUGCUCGAUGAGAUCUCCAUUGAUCCCGAGGACCGACAAACUUUCAAGGAAGAUGCCCAGCAAAUCGAAAAUGAGUUUAUCCAGGCGAUUUCCCGCCGAGAUCCUUACUUCGCAUCGGCUUUCCGUGGACUCUCCUUGACGGGCAGUAAUCUGGACAAUGUUAAGAUCAAUUUGCCUGACGAGUUUGAUAUGCUGACCACUAUCCAGUUGCCGUGUAAAGUAGAGCCCGUACCGCUGAUCGGACAACGCAACUACGUGAUAUUGCGGGUCGAAGGGGAUAGAAUCCCUAUGCACUUGGUGAAUCAGCAAGGAGAGGAUUACUUCAUUAGCCGCCGAAAGGUUCAGGCCUGGUUCCGGGAUAAUGUCAACGAAGUGAUGCCAGAAAUAAAAUACAUCCAUUGCGGAGGUGGACGAACCUACGAGCUGAAAAACAUAACCGGAGGGCAUGUAUCCGAUUCCGGGAGAAAGAUCUGCUUCGACUUUGUGCCCGCUUUCAGGUUUUUGGCAUCGGAGUGGCUUCGGGUUUUUCCCCAACACCGGAACGAGGAUCGCAACUGGUACGCCGUGCCCUGUAAAAUCCGAAAUCCCGAUAUUCCAGAUGACCCCCUUUCUUUUGUCGUCUGUGCUCCUCACUGGGAGCGAAUGGUUUUUGAGAAGAAGCAGCACCUUAAGAACGGACUCCGGCUAAUGAAGGCUUUGCGGGAUGCCAAUGAUAUGCCCAAGAUCUUCAGUUACACCAUCAAAAGUCUCUUUCUGAACGCAACCAAGAAAAAGGAAAUAAGCUGGAAUCAAUCGCCAGGUAAAAUACUCAUUCGGGCGAUUGUCUUUAUGACGAUGUUCCUUCGAAGGGGAUUUCUCCCGUUCUACUUGGUUCCGGAUGCCAGCGUUUUGGAGCACCUUGAAAAGGAUGAGAGAAAAGAAUAUCUUGGAAAGCUUUACCGCAUCCUAAAACGACUUAUCAAGUGUCGUGAUCGCGAUUGCAUGACUCCAGAUGAUAUGCAGUUCAUUUUUGGAAUGCAGUACUGA